GGCCGUCCGGCCUGUCGGCGGCCCGGGCCUCGCUGGCCCCAAGGUCCAGCAGGGGGCUCCACUGGACCCAGCCGGGACGGAGAGUCAGGGAUGCGGUUGGGGAAGGGGGAGCCGAGGUCGGGAACGAGGGUGGCCGCAGCAGGAUUUCAGAGCAGGACCUAGACUUCUGAAAGGUCGGCCGGACCCACUGGGAACCGACGGGCAGGAUGUACACACUGCUGUCGGGGCUGUACAAGUACAUGUUCCAGAAGGAUGAGUACUGCAUCCUGAUCUUGGGCCUGGACAAUGCCGGGAAGACGACCUUCUUGGAGCAGUCAAAAACCCGGUUUAACAAGAACUACAAGGGGAUGAGUCUCUCCAAAAUCACCACCACCGUGGGUCUAAACAUUGGCACUGUGGAUGUGGGAAAAGCUCGCCUUAUGUUCUGGGAUUUAGGGGGACAGGAAGAGCUGCAGUCUUUGUGGGACAAGUACUAUGCAGAGUGCCAUGGUGUCAUCUACGUCAUCGACUCCACUGAUGAGGAGAGACUCUCUGAGUCCAAGCAGGCCUUUGAGAAGGUGGUUUCGAGUGAGGCGCUGGACGGUGUCCCCCUCCUGGUUCUGGCCAACAAGCAGGAUGUGGAGACUUGCCUCUCCAUACCUGACAUCAAGACUGCCUUCAGUGACUGUACCUGCAAGAUUGGCCGGAGAGACUGCCUGACCCAGGCCUGCUCCGCCCUCACAGGCAAAGGAGUGCGUGAGGGCAUCGAGUGGAUUGUGAAGUGCGUCGUGCGGAACGUGCACCGGCCGCCGCGGCAGAGGGACAUCACGUAGCAUGGCCGGCGUGUCCUCAUGGUGUGUCGAGUGCCCGAGGAGCCCCUGUGGCUCCUGCAUCACGGAUCCUGGGGACUGGGCUUGCUUUGAUUUUUGGUUCUUUUACUUGCUUCAUUUUCUCUCUAAGACAAACUUCUUUCUGUGACUGGAAAAGUGUAGGCAUCCAGAGGGUUUUGCUGAGGGGCGUGGGGCACCUGGGCCAGUCUGGCUCCGCCACACAGACCCUGGGCACCACCUGGUGCUCUGUAGGGCCUCGGGCCCUCUCAAGGCCAGGUAUUAGGUGGGGGGGGGGGGGGAAGGGCAUCCUUGUCUGGACAGGCCUUAAGACUUUUCCAAGGGAGGCUCGAGGGGAACUGGUGGAAAGCUGGGGUUGGCUCUGGCAGUUGCUCUGGCCAGCACUGAUGGCCCACAUUCACAGAGGGGAGCAGGGCCCCCUGAAGUUUUGUUGAGUCAUCUAGUGAGUGGUAUACCCCAGACUGGCCUCAAAAUCAUAGUCCUCCUGUCUCCGCCUCCUGAGUGCUGGGGUUACAAUUGUGGCAUACCAGGUUUGGGGUUUUAGCUGUGGCCCACCAGGCCUGGCUCUCCCAUGGGCUCUGAAGCAGCCUUGGGAUAGGAUUCUUGAGCCUUCUUCCCUGGCCCCUCACCAUGCUUUGAUCUCCAGAGGAGAGGGUCGCUGUGCUGCGUGAGCAUUGCCUUUUCUCCUCCACAUGGUUCUUACACCGCUCUGCUGGUUCAUGGGUCUACACCCCAGCUACAGUGUGGGGAAGUGCUCUGAACAGGGUGGGAGCCCUCCACUCACAGGCUCUGACCUUGCCCCUGUGACUACCUGUAUGGACUGCCUGGCUGGCUUCUAGUCCUCCAGACAGUCCACAGGCUGGAAGCCACCUUCUAGAGCCUCAAGGCAGCUGGUGGGCUGGUAAUCACAGGGGCCCCCUAGGCAGCUUUGGGUCCAUGUUCUGGCCACAACCUAGAGAUCAAGUGACUCCUUGUCCAAGGUCAGGUUAUACCAGGCUGCUCCUUGGAGGGGGGACUGAGAAGGACAGGGAUUGGGCUUAUCUAGCUGUGACUCUCCGGGAGGGCAGACACAGCUUGUAGGAGAGACUAGGCUUCAGCCUCAGGAAAGAGCCACCCACUGUGAGUGGAAGGUGGCAGGGCCAGUGCCUCAGGUCACUGAAGGUGGUAGAGGCCUUAGCCCUGGUUCUCAGGAGGCACUGGGCUGCUCUAGGCCUGGUUGGGAAUCCCCUGGGAGUGGGUGGGACAAGAUAGGCACUACAGGAGAUUGUCCAGCAGUGACUCCAGGGUACUGAACCAGACAGCACACCCUGACUUGACACUGCCAACCUCUUAGGGAGACAAGUUCUAGAGUGACCUUGUGGCAUGCCACAGUGGGCAAGGAGCAAGGGCCAUGAUGGUGGUCACAUGGGCCCAGGGGUCCCCUACUGGUCUUGGGGCAGGCACAGAACUUGAAAACAGCUGGUUUUUACAAAAUGGCUUUAUAAAAUAAAUCUUCCUUUGGUGCAGCUUG